AUGUCGCAAUAUCCUCCGCCGUCGUUCGAUGGACAACAAAAUUACAACUACGCUCUCCAGUGGCCAUUGCAAACUCCUGCCAGUUUGAGUACCCCAAGCCAACAUGUUCCUAGUUCUUUUGCGAUGAACGCCGGUUCAUAUGGUAUUGGGAAUUUUCCUUCUAUGCCGUUCGGCAUGAACGCGCCAGCUCAACUACCGGGUCUCGGGAUGCAAAACAGCACCAUACCACCGCCACCUUUGCUGUCGCAGCAAAUCCCGAAUAGCCAGAUUUCGACUCCUUUUUAUAGCGGAUUCAACUCCUCCGUCAGUGCUUUAACGAAUUCCUUGCAUCCACCCCAACAACUUUCCUUUGCCCACCCUGCUGGGAAAGUUGAGUCCUUGCCAAUUCAACCAUUGAAUAAACAGCCUAAGGAUUCCUUACUUUCACCAAGGGAUAAUACCGAUCCGGAAGAGGGAGAAGUGAGUGAUGGGUCAGGAUUUGACCUGUCUGCUCAAAAAAAUCAAUAUCAACCCAAACCAAGCACUACUUCUCAAGCUUCUCCGGAAGGUCCUAUAUCUAUAGAUCAAACUACAUACAGCCCACCACUCACCAUCGCUAUGAAUGAGCCAUCUCAAGAAGUGACCCAAAAACCCACUACAGUUCAAAUGCAAAACGGUCAGUCCGGGGACCAGACGAACCAUGCCUCUCACUCCACUGGCAAAUCUCCUACACAAAUCCGCAUUAUGGCCCAAGGGGCACUCCUGAGGUUAGCUCCGCAUAAUAUUCGAUUCAAUGAGCUCAUCAAGGAAGAUAUCGACCCUGCAAUUCUCAAGCGACUCUAUGAUGAUAUCGGUAUUAAGGUCGCUGUAACAGAAACUCAACCGUCUGAAAAGGUCAUCACUGGGUCAGAUGCUACUCAAGAACAAACCACAGCUCCCAUAAGCGGUCAACUAUCUAAAGCCCAGGAAUCGUUGGUCGGUGAGACUCCACCAACAUCGAUGCCAAAUGGAAAAGCAAAAGAGGCAUCUAUUUCGGCUUCCGAUAAGCCACUAGAGCGAAAGGACGUCAUUGCUAGAAUGUUGGCAGAGAAGGCUAAGAAGAAAGCCCCCAUUACUGUUACUGAUUCGGUUCCAAGUCAAGCAGUUUCAUCCGAUUCUAUCACAACGCAAAAUACAGAGAAGGCUGCACCAGAUCUAUUACCUUUAAAAACUCAAGCAGUCUCGCAACCGAAAGAAAAGAAUAAAGCUCAAACCGAACUAGCCAGACAACGCAUUGAGCAACUCAAGAAGAUGGGUCUCAAGAGACAGCAGUCUCAGGCCGAAGGUAUCAGUCUACCUCGGGCAUCAUCAUCAUCAUCAGCCAUUGAACUUGCGACUUCAAAUUUGAAACCGGAAACACCGGUUACUCUGCACCAUCCUCUUCCUGAGAGGCCGCCUGCCACAAACCAAAUGCUAGGAUCUCCCAAGCCUUCAACGCCACAAAUACCAGGACUUUCGGUCUCUUCUGAGCCUGUAAAGAUUGGCAGUCCUUCGACUAUUGAAACCAGGCCUAUUAGUACUUCUACGCCAUUCAAAAACUCACUUGGGAAACGUCCUCGAGCUUCAGACUUCGACGAGCCUAUUCCGGAAACAGGAAAGCCGUUACUGACUGAAAGUAGACUAGUAAUUGACAUCAGUGAAGACGAAUCCUCGAAUGAUGAUGAUGAUGGUGAUGAUGAUGAGGAUAUCGUGAUGUCUGAGGCCAGUGACUCUGGCGCGAAUCCCCAAACGUCGAAAAUUAAUAGCACUAUGCUCCGAAAUACUCUAUCUCGCAAUGCCUCAUCAGCAUCGGCUACUCCUCAAAGUCGACCCAGUGAUUCAGAGAAUCUCCGAUUGAAGAACCUUGAAAUUCAAGCCAUGCGCCGUCGAAUAGCAGAAUGGGAAAAGAAAAACUCCAAAAAGGCAAAUCCCACGCUACCUUUAGCGGCUGUGACAAAUGCCGACUCUGAGCCGUCACCUCAAGUUGGGGAAACUCAGUCUAUGACUGAGAAGGUAAACUCUAUGCCAACAGCAUCAGACAAGCCAAGUUUCCUAGGCCUACAAAGAAGUCCAUCGGUGCAAUCAUUGGCGUCUAUGGACACUUCCGACUUAGAUCGAAUUCGGCAAAAGCUAUUGCGCAAACGUGAGAUUGAGUCGGGCCUUCCUGCUUUGGAUGCGGAGAUGCUUAAAUUCAAAGCCAAACUUGCCGAGUUUAAACGUGAGGAAGAAAAGCUCUUGAAUGAAAUGGCCAAGAGUCAAGCGGAACGUAAACAGCUCGAUGACGAGCUGCAGAGCCUUGGUAUGGAAACAGAAGGCCUCUCUCUCGAAGAACUGAAGGCUGCCAAAGAGGAUAUGGAGCGCACUGCAGCUGCACGUGGUGAGCCCGAACCGCAUGCCAUCGUUAAUGCAGAGGCUACGCCCCUCUCCAAAGAUUUACAAGCCGCGCCCACGACGGCUGAACCUACUCAACCCAUGGAACAAAAGUCUCCAGUUCCUGGGCCUAUUUCUUUCGAGAAUGAUGGAGUAAAUGAUGUCGCCGAAGUUGAGGAUUCAAGCUCCGAAUCUUCUGGGUCCUCAAUGGAUGAAUCCACCAGCGACUCUGAAUCCAUCUCGGUCGAUCAGAAAUCGGAAUCGGAGCAGCAACCCAUCAUUCUCCCUGUCUCGGCUCCAUCGAAUGAUGAUAUGUCUAUUGAAACCCCGCAAGCCCCCAUCGUUCUCCCGCCGAAACCAGAUUUCACGACCACAGUUUCUAUAGAUACACCUGCGGUUAGGUCUGAUGUCUCACGGGAAUCAUCAGUCUUGUCGGAUAAUUAUGAGCCCCCUGAACCGGAAGAGAGUCCAGAUGAAGCAUAUUCUCCGAAACUCAGCCCGAGCGGUGUUGAAGAUUCAGAGAUGGAGACAGUUCCGAAUUUUUCAGCUCAAAAUGACGCUGAUAUGGCACUAACCCGCAAGUCUCAGGAGUCAGUUGUCAUUGCAUUUAAGGGAGAUGCCCUUGACAACACGCCGAACGCAAGGAACACAGUAUCGAAGUUUUCUCCUUAUCAAAGCCCUUUGAAAUACUUUAGAGCCUAUCGUUAUCAUCCUAAUAUCAUUGAGGAUGUUGGAGAUAGCUAUCGGUCUCUAACAUAUAGCCAUAAUAUUGAUCCAUUUCAGGCGGUCUGUCCCUAUGAGGCAGCCGGAGGAGUCUGUAACGAUACGACAUGCGAGUUUCAGCAUUGGCGAGACAUGGUGAUGCCCGUGGGCUUGAUCGUUGCAGAUGACAAGAUUCUUGUUGAGAUGGGUAAUCAAAAAGAAGGCAAAACACCAGAAGAACAAGAAGCCUAUAUCGAAGGAUUGAAGGAACUCAUCAAUAACAUGCGGCGCGAUCAAGUGAAAGAUUUCUUCACUGUUGCUGGCGAGAUUGCUGCGUACCGUAGACGUUUCCUCUCGGAUCCUUCACGCAUUCUCCCUCUGUAG